AUGCCCGCAGCAGUGGCCUCCGUCCUCGGUCAUACAUACUCCACCCUCAGCUCACACACGGGAUUUUACCGGAUGGCCAAAAAUUCCCCAAAAAUCCACCCUAUGGGCACACAGGCCCAGACAUCGUGGAUACCGUCGCGGGAGGAGGGCUCCAUCCCUCGCCGCAUCCAAGACGGAGGAUCGCUUGAAUCGAGCGCCCACCACCCACUUAGUGGGGCUUCGAUUGGAUACGACCAGGCAGCGCAGCAGCCAGUCCAAGGUUUUUUUUCUUCUCCCUCUCUUUUCGCUGGGGCCACUGCGAGCAAUGAGGCGGAUAUGGCGCAGAAAAUAGCAGCGGUAGGUUCCUGCGGCGGGGCCGGCGGAGAGAGGGGCGAGAAUUGUCUUGUCGUUGAUUUGCCUGUGACCUUGUUCUGGACCAAACCGCUGCGACCAUGA